AUGGAGCCGGCGGCGGGCGCGCAGGGCCCGCACCAGCACGAGCCCAUCAGCUUCGGCAUCGACCAGAUCCUCAGCGGCCCCGAGCAGGACGGCGCUCCCCCCCCGCCGCCGCCUCCGCCGCCGCCGCCCCCCCGGGGCCCCGACGGCGCGGCCUUCUUGGGCGGCCCCCGCGGCGGCGCGCCCUACCCCGCGCUGCCGGGCCCCUUCCCGGCCAUCGCCGCGCCCUUCGAGGAGUCGGGGCCGUACGGCGUCAACCUGAGCUUGGCGCCCGGCGGCGUGAUCCGCGUCCCCGCUCACCGGCCCAUCCCCGGCGCCGUGCCGCCGCCCGUGCCCAGCGCCAUCCCCGCCGUGCCCGGCCUGGGCGGCCUCAGCUUCCCCUGGAUGGAGAGCAGCCGCCGCUUCGUCAAGGAACGCUUCACGGCCGCGGCCGCGCUGACGCCCUUCACGGUGACGCGGCGCAUCGGACACCCGUACCAGAACCGCACCCCGCCGAAGCGCAAGAAGCCGCGCACGUCUUUCUCCCGCGUGCAGAUCUGCGAGCUGGAGAAGCGCUUCCACCGGCAGAAAUACCUCGCGUCGGCAGAGCGAGCGGCCCUGGCCAAGUCCUUGAAGAUGACGGACGCGCAGGUGAAGACGUGGUUCCAGAACCGGCGCACGAAGUGGCGGCGGCAGACGGCGGAGGAACGGGAGGCCGAGCGGCAGCAGGCGAGCCGGCUGAUGCUGCAGCUGCAGCACGACGCCUUCCAGAAGUCGCUCAACGAGUCGAUCCAGCCCGACCCGCUGUGCCUGCACAACUCGUCGCUGUUCGCGUUGCAGAACCUGCAACCCUGGGAGGAGGAAAGCGCAAAGAUCCCGCCGGUCACCUCCCUCGUCUGA